AGUCUCGGUGAGGCCGCAUGGCAUGCUGGGAAAGGGAGUCGGAUUUAGGCUUGGGGGAUUCCUCCUUGAACAGCGUGGUCUUCUGUGCCAUUGAGAGCGGUCCUCGCCCUUUCUGGCGCGUUGCAUGCCGGGAGUGGUAGUCUUCGCAAGGUCCGCUGUGCACGCUGGGGCUUGUAGUCCCGCGGGAGUUUUGAUUCGACCGGGGUUUGCGUGUAUCCGGGUCUACCCCGCUCUGGCUGAGCGCGGCCGCAGAGCAAUGUUUGAUGGCGUCGCCUAGCAGCAGCUGUUGCUCGCAGUAGCUUCCACGGAGAGGGGGGGGCCGAGAUACCGGUGAAAGAAUGACACUCAGCCUGAGAAUAAUAAGCAAGGCUUUACUGAGGGAAGAACUUACACUCCAAGCUGCUGGAGCGUCCCUGAGGUGUGCAGAGGGGCUGUGGGGGAUUCUGGCCAUCUGGGACAGCUGGCCAGGCAGGACUCCACCAAGAAAAACUAUUUUAAAUUCAAGAUGCCACCCAAUUUAGAUUGGAAGAAGCUUAUGAGAAUUGAUGCUGAUGAUUUGCCUCAUCAAGAAGAACUGGCAGAUAGUUUGCUGGUGACUGUAUCCAAGGUUGAAGGAAAUGACUUAAAAGAUGAAAAUUCUGAGCAUGUGGUACAUCUUUUUAAAAUUACACAGUCACUAAUGAAGAUGAAAGCCCAAGAGGUAGAGCUGGCUUUAGAAGAAGUUGAAAAAGCUGGGGAGGAGCAAGCCAAAUUUGAAAAUCAAUUAAAAGCAAAGGUUAUGAAACUAGAAAAUGAAUUAGAGAUGGCACAGCGAGCUGCUGGUGGUCGUGAUACUCGUUUUUUGCGUGAUGAGAUCCGUCAGCUGGAAAAGCAAUUGGAACAAAAAGACAGAGAAUUAACAGAUAUCGAAAAGGAGCUAGAAAAAGAGAAGAAAGUUAAUGAACAGCUUGCUCUUCGAAAUGAGGAUGCAGAAAAUGAAAACAGCAAGUUAAGAAGAGAGAAUGAACAACUUCGCCAGGAUGUAAUUGACUACCAACGACAAAUAGAUUCACAAAAGGAAAUGCAUAUGUCACGUAGAGGAGAUGAGUCCGAUUACAGAUCUCAAUUAUCCAAAAAGAACUUUGAGCUUGUCCAAUAUCUGGAUGAAAUUCAGAGUUUGACCGAAACUAAUGAGAAAUUAGAAGCUCAAAACCAGGAAAUGAGGAAGAACUUGGAAGAAUCAGUGCAGGAAAUGGAGAAGAUGACUGAUGAGUAUAACAAAAUGAAACUUAUCGUGCAGCAGUCUGAUAUUGUUAUGGACCAAUUAAGAAAGGAAAAGGAACAGUAUAAGUUUCAGAUACAGGAACUAACAGACCAACUUAAAGCAAAAAAUGAAGAAGAUGAUCCCCUCAUGGCAGCUGUAAAUGCAAAAGUUGAAGAAUGGAAGAGAAUCUUGGCUUCUAAAGAUGAUGAAAUCAUAGAAUAUCAGCAGAUGUUGUUGAACUUGAGAGAAAAACUGAAAAUGGCCCAACUUGAUGCAGACAAAAACAACGUUAUGGCACUCCAGCAGGGGGUGCAAGAACGAGACAGUCAGAUCAAGUUGCUCACUGAGCAAGUUGAACAAUAUACAAAAGAAAUGGAAAAAAACGCAUUGAUUAUUGAGGAUUUGAAAAAUGAACUCCAAAAAGAUAAAGGUCUCUCAUCUCUUGCUCAGCAGAAUCGUAUUGGAGAAAUACAGGAAAAAUUACAGCUGCUGGAACAGAGAACUAAAGAGGCUGAGAGAGUGGCAGAAUUAGCAGAGUCUGAUGCUAGGGAAAAGGACAAAGAACUCAUUGAGGUUCUGAAGCGAAUGAGAGACUAUGAAACGGGGAUAUAUGGUUUGGAAGAUGCUAUUGCUGAAAUAAAGGAUUUAAAAAAGCAGAUUAAAAUAAGAGAUCAUGAAACUGAAGGAUUGAUUAAGGAAGUGAACAAACUUGGACUUAAAAUCAAUGAUUUUCUUGAUGAAAAUGAAGACCUCAGGGAACGCUUAGGUCUUGAUCCAAAGACAAUGAUAGAUUUAACUGAAUUUAAAAACAGCAAGACACUAAAACAGCAGCAGUACAGAGCUGAAAACCAAGUCCUUUUAAAAGAGAUUGAAAGACUGGAAGAAGAAAGAAUUGCACUGAAACAACAGAUUCGUAAACUGGCUCAGGAGAAAGGAAAAAGAGCGGCAAUGUUAGGAUUGGAUGCAGAUGACCUGCAGCUGAUUGAUAGCUUUACUGAAGAUCUGAAGACAAAAAAGGAGAAAUCAGACUUCAUGAGCACAGUUACUGUUGAUGAAGUUAAAGCAAAGAAUGAAUACCUUGCAAAAGAAUUAAAUGAGAGAGAGAAAGAUUUGGAACGGAACAGGACUGCCAUAGCCAAAUUUCAAUCCAAAUUAAGAGAAUUAUCAGAAGAAAACAAGCAGCUUGAGCAAGGAAUGAAAGAGAUAUUACAAGCUGUCAAGGAAAUGCAGAAGGAUCCUAGUGUGAAAGGAGGAGAAACAGCCUUAGUGAUCCCUAGUCUGGAACGAUUAGUAAAUGCAAUCGAAUCAAAGAAUGCAGAAGGAAUAUUUGAUGCCAAUUUGCAUUUGAAAGCUCAAGUUGACCAGCUUACGGGGCGAAAUGAAGAAUUGAGGCAGGAGCUAAAAGGAUCUCGAAAAGAGGCAACAAAUUUCUCUAACCAGUUAGCAAAUGCUAAUGUAAAGAUUGCACAGCUUAAUGAUGAAGUUUGUUUGUUACGUCAAUCGGAAGGUGCCAAUAUAGUAUUCAGAGCAGUAAACCGUCCAGAAGGGAUAACUCCUUCAAGUGCUCAUAUAGUUAAUUCUCAGAAUGAAUAUUUAAUACAUCUUUUACAGGAACUAGAAAAUAAAGAACAAUUACUUAAGAAAUUAGAAGAAGCAGUAGAAGAAUAUAAGCGAAAAUUUGCAGUAAUUCGCCAUCAGCAAGGCUUGCUAUAUAAGGAAUAUCAAAGUGAAAAAGAAAGUUGGCAAACAGAAUCUGAAAAAAUGAAAGAAGAAAAGAAGAAGCUAGAAGAUCAAAAAGAACAGGAUGCUGUGAAAAUAAAGGAAUACAAUAAUUUACUGGAUGCACUUCAGCUGGGUACGGAUGAAACCAAAAAACUACUUGCAGAAAACAGUAGAAAAAUGACCGUCUUGCGAGUGAACGAACAGUCACUGACAAGACAGUAUACAACUUUACUUGAAAUGGAACGGCAUCUUAGAAAAGAAAAUGAGAAACAAAAGGCUGAACUAACAUCAAUGGAGACUGCAGUUGGAGAAAAGAUUGGACACUUGCAGCGAUUCAAGGAAAUGGCAAGCUUUAAGAUUGCAGCUCUGCAAAAAGGUUUGGAUGAUAGUGUGCCUCUGUCUGAGCUAGAACUGGCUAAUAAGCAGUAUAAUGAGUUAACUGCUAAAUACAGGGAUAUGCUGCAAAAAGAUAACUUGCUUGUCCAGAGAACAACUAACUUGGAGCACAUGGAGAGUGAGAAUGCAUCCUUGAAGGAACAGAUAAAUUCAUUAAAUAAAGAACUUGAGAUCACAAAAGAAAAACUUCACACUGUAGAACAAGCUUGGGACCAAACAACUAAGCUGGGGGGUGACAAUGCCAUGGACAAGGCCACAAAAGCAAUUACCAACAGUGAGAUUGUUUCUAUUUCUAAGAAAAUCACUGUGCUGGAAAUGAAGGAACUAAAUGAAAGACAGAGAGCUGAACACUCGCAUCGAAUGUAUGAACACUUAAGGAACACUUUAAAGCAAGUGGAAGAACGUAACUUUGAACUGGAAACGAAGUUUGCUGAGCUUACUAAAAUCAACCUCGAGGCACAAAAGGUGGAACAGGCAUUAAGAGAUGAAUUGACAAACAGUGUGAGUAAAGCAAUAAGUGAUGCGGACAGACGAAAAAUCGUGGAGCUAGAGAAGAGUGAAAUGGAACUGAAGAUUGAGGUAUCAAAGUUAAGGGAGCUUUCUGAUAUUGCCAAAAUGCAAGUUGCAGCUCUGGAUGCACGGCAGCAAUCCAGAGAGAAGGAAGUGGAAUCCCUUCGAAUGCAAGUUUUAGACUAUCAGGCACAGUCAGAUGAAAAAGCUCUUAUUGCAAAAUUACACCAGCAUAUCGUAGCUCUUCAGAUUAGUGAGACCACUGCUGUGGGCAAGUUAGAAGCACUGACAAUGAAACUGCAAAAGAUGGAGAUUUAUAAUCUACGCUUAGAACAGAAGCUUGACGACAAAGAGCAGGGAUUAUACUAUGCCCGACUAGAAGGAAGAAAUAGAGCCAAACAUCUACGCCAGACUGUGCAAUCUCUGCGGCGACAGUUUAGUGGUGCUCUGCCCUUGGCGCAACAGGAAAAAUUCUCUAAAACCAUGAUUCAGCUGCAGAAUGACAAAUUAAAAAUCAUGGAAGAAGUCCAGCGUGCUCAGGCAGAGCGUCGAAACAUAGAGAACAGAGCAGUGGAGAUGGAAUUAAAAGUAAAAGGUUUAGAAGAGUUAAUAGGCACACUGAAAGAUACAAGAGGAGCCCAAAAGGUAAUCGAAUGGCAUAUGAAAAUGGAAGAACUUCGUCUCCAGGAACUUAAACUGAAUCGAGAGUUAGUCAAACAAAAAGAAGAGAUGAAAUAUUUGAAUAAUAUCAUUUCUGAAUAUGAGCAUACAAUCAGCAGUCUGGAAGAAGAAAUUGUACAACAGAGCAAGUUUUAUGAAGAGCGGCAGAUGGCUUGGGAUCAGAGAGAAGUAGAGUUAGAACGUCAGCUAGACGUAUAUGACCGUCAGCAAAAUGAAAUACUUAGUACUGCUCGAAAGUUUGAAGAUGCUACAGGUUCGGCUCCAGAUCCUAGUUUGCCCCUUCCACAGCAGCUUGAGCUAGCUUUGAGGAAAAUUAGGGAGCACAUUCGAACAAUCCUAGAAACUCAGGCAACCUGCAAAUUAUUAGAAGAGAAACUGAAAGAGAAAGAAACUGCACUGUGGAAAGCAGAACAAAAUGUUUUAUCAAGAGACAGAGUUAUAAAUGAACUAAGGCUUCGAUUACCUGCAACAGCAGAAAGAGAGAAGAUAAUAGCUGAGCUAGGUAGAAAAGAAGAUGAUCCAGAACACCAUCAUGCCCUGAAAGUGGCCCACCAAACCAUUACAAAUAUGCAAGCAAGACUAAAUCAAAAGGAGGAAGUGUUGAAGAAGUAUCAGCAUCUCCUUGCAAAAGCUAGAGAGGAGCAAGAGGAAAUCUCAAAGAAACAUGAGGAAGACCUCCGGGUUCUACAUCAGAAGCUAGAUUUGCAAGCUGAUAAUUCACUUAAUAAAUUCAAACAAACUGCUUUGGAAUUAAUGAAAAAACCUUCUUUAUCAGUUCCCACCAACAAACAUUUCAUUCGUUUGGCUGAGAUGGAGCAAACAGUAGCAGAACAGGACAACUCUCUCGCUCUACUUCUAGGCAGAUUAAAGAAAACAUCAUGUGAUUUGGAGAAACAAAAACAACUUACUGUAUUAAAAAUCAAAGAGUUUGAAAACAUCAAGGCUCAGCUUGAAGAAAAGCAUGUAGCUGAAGUGAAAAAACUGAAAGAUGAAGCAAAUGAAUUGAGAAACCUGUUAUCGCAGAUAGAGAAAGAAUUGCUGCAAGUAAAAACUGAAUUAGAGGCCCAAAAAGAAGCAAAUAAUAGAGCGCCAACAACUACAAUGAAAAACCUAGUGGAAAGGUUGAAGAACCAGUUAGCCUUAAAAGAGAAACAACAGAAAGCUUUGAGUAAAGCACUUCUGGAGCUCCGAGCAGAAAUGACUGCUAAUGCCGAACAGCAGAUUAUUUCUGUAGCAUCACAAAAAGAGACAUACAUGAAUGUUCAGCAGAUUGUUGACAAACAAACAAAGGAGCUCACGACUCAUAUAGAGGAAUUAAAUGAGCAACUUAUAAAAUUCAAAGAUGCCCUUAAAGUAAGUAAAACUAGAGAGCGCUCUUUGUUAGAUGAGAUGGAUGAUUUAAACCAAGAACUUCAAAAAAAGCAAAAAGCCAUUACUAAAGGGCUAAGAGAAAAAGAAGAAAUGGAAAAUGAAAACGAAGAACUGAAAAAGCGGAUAAAAAGACUAACAAACAGCAUUCAGAGCAAAGCUGAUGAACAAAAAUUCAUCGAUGAACUUCAGAAAAAAAUUAAAAAGCUUGAAAGUGAAGUUGAAAAGAGUGAGGAGGUAGAAAAGAAAAGUGUAAAAGAAGACAAGAGCUCUAGGGAAGAAAUAGCUAGGUGGGAAGAGGGUAAAAAAUGGCAAGCGAGAAUGGAAGGGAUGCGAAACAAACUAAAAGAAAAGGAGAAAGAAAUGGACACUUUAACAAAACAGUUCAAUACAUUAAAGGAACUUUAUUCCAAUCAAAGAAGCACCAGCUGCAGAGCUGAUAAAGAGAAAAUUGCUUUACAAAAGAAACUCAAGACCAGCGGUAUUACUGUUGACCAUGUUGUGGGAGUGCGGGCAUCAGAGUCAGAGAAAGAGCUGGAAGAACUAAGAAAACAGAAUAUAGACUUAGAAAAUGAAAUUGCUCAUAUGAGAACACAACAAGCUCUCUCUCGAGAUUCUGUGGUAGAAGAGGUACAUUUAAAAAAUCGAUAUUUGCAGGAAAAGCUUCAUGCUUUGGAGAGACAGUUUUCAAGAGACACAUUUUCAAGACCUUCAACGUCAGGAAUAGGAUCAGAUGAUCAGUGUCAAAGACAACAGGAGCUUCAGAAAGAAAAUUUGAGGUUAUCAUCUGAAAAUGUUGAACUAAGAUUCCAGCUAGAGCAGGCUAAUAAAGAUCUGCCAAGAUUAAAGAACCAAGUAGGUGACUUGAAAGAAAUGUGUGAGCUUCUCAAAAGAGAGAAAGCAGAAAUCGAGCGCAAGCUAGGCAGUGUUAGAGGGUCUGGUAGAAGUGGAAAGACGGUUCCAGAAUUAGAAAAAACCAUUGGUUUGAUGAAAAAGGUUGUAGAGAAAGUGCAGAGAGAAAAUGAAGAUCUGAAAAAGGCCCCAGGAGUUGUCUCUAAUGAAAAACUAGUUAGCCUUGAACUUGAAAAUGAGAGGCUAAAGUCUGAAAUGGAAAAAAUGAAACUUCAUCUGGGUGGCCAGCUGAGUAUGCGUUAUGAAUCAAAAACCAGAGGCCUGGAAAAAAUCAUUGCUGAAAAUGAGAGGCUACGUAAAGAGCUGAAAAAAGAGGCUGACACUGCAGAAAAGCUACGAAUAGCAAAGAAUAACAUAGAGAUAAUGAAUGAGAAGUUGACUGUGGAACUGGAGGAGACUGUUAAGAGGUUAAACUUUGCGGAAAGCAGAGGUCCACAACUCGAAGGAGCUGACAGCAAAAGCUGGAAAUCAAUUGUUGUAACAAGGAUGUAUGAAACUAAGAUGAAAGAACUGGAAACUGAUGUUGCCAAAAAAAAUCAAAGCAUUACUGAUCUUAAACAGCUAUUGCGAGAGGCAACAGAGCGUGAACACAAGAUUGAAAAAAACACACAGGACUUAAAGGAACAAAUUGAGCUUCUCAAACACUUUCCUGAAGGUGCUAGCACAGAGCAAGGCCUUGCCAGAGAACUUCAGCUUCUCAGAUUAACCAAUAAUCAGCUGGAGAAGGAAAAAGCAGAACUAGCUCACCAGGUGGAAACUUACCGACAUCAAACAGGCAUCAAUGCAAGCGGAGGCUCUGCAGCUGAGAAAGGCAGAAUUGACAAGUUAAUGGUAGAUGUAGUAGAUCUCCAGACACAGCUGCAAGCCUCAGAUCUGGAGAAAAAGCAACUUACAGAAGAAAUCAAACAGCUGAAGAGAGAACUGGAUAACUUUGACCCUUCCUUUUUUGAAGAAAUUGAGGAUCUGAAAUACAACUACAAUGAAGAAGUAAAAAAAAAUAUUAUCUUGGAGGAGAAAUUAAAGCAGCUUUCUGAACAGUUUGGCGUUCAUGUGGAUAUUCCAGCCAAUGUGUCUAUUGAUUAAAUCCAUGUUAAGUAUUUUAAGAAGUAACACAUAAAUUGGGUCACUUGGCAGUUAUAUGUAAUACCACUUGUAUGCAAGCUUGAUUCUAAUUUCUCACCAUUGUGAAUUAGGACCAGCUCUGUUGAAGUUACAAUAGUUUGACACCAGAGAAAGACAGAAGCAGACUUUUCAAAAAAGUUACUAAAAUCUUGUCAUUAGUGCUUCAGAUGCUAUAGAUCUAGCAAUCAAUGUGAAAACUUGUCUUAUUUCCUCCCCACUCGUUUUAAAUAUUUUAUGCUUUAGUUCAGAAGUGACAGCAGGAAAUAGCAGGAGAGAUCAAAGGAUUUCAGCAAUCCUGGGGUGAGGAAGCCCUUGACUACAAAGCCAGAUCUGCUGUCUGACACUACUGCACAACAGAAAGAGUUAAUACUUCAAGGCAAUGAAUAUAUAUACAUAGUGCUUAGAGGUAAAGCUAAUUUAAUUUAUUUGAAAACUGUUAAUAUUUGUAUAGCUUUAGUAUUGGUGGAUGUAUGCUACAUGCAGAGCACAGAUGUAAAUAGAACCAAAUUGUGAGAAUACACAAUUUGAAUUGUCUACUUUUCUAAGUUAAAUUUUUGAAACAUUACAAGCUGUUCUUGAGUUAUUUUCUAAACAGUUAUGGACUAUCACAUUCCUUUUAUUUGUCUGUUUCUACAGAGCAUUUUCAAAUAAUUAAAACUAGUUUACUUCUCACUAUUUGUGCUGCCUUAUUAACAAAAAAAAAGUUUAUCCGAUCUCUUGGGACAAUGUAAACAAUGUCACUAUUUGGUUUUCAAGUCUUAGCACACUACUGCAGCAUGAGGGGGAUUACAAAUAUUGUGGAAUGUUUAAAUCCAAAUAAAAAAUUGUUACAAUUGUAAACUUUAAAAAAUGUAGGGCCUGAUUAUGGUUUCACUUACUGAUUUAAAUCUGUGUUACUUCACAGAUAUAAUAGAAAGCAUUGGGCCCUAAGUCUGGAGCCUAAACAUGAGAAUGUCCUGUGAGUGGCGGUUUGACUUCAGAAUAAACUGCAGGCAGUAAAAAUUCA